AUGAAGACGCAGCUCGCGCUGCCCACCGGCAUCAAGAAGCUGACCAACAUCGCGGUGGUUCGCCUCAAGAAGCACGGCGUGCGCUUCGAGAUCGCGUGCUACAAGAACACGGUGGGUGCGUGGCGGGACGGCUUCGAGAAGGACAUCGACAACGUCCUGCAAACCACCCAGAUUUACAACAACGUCUCGAAGGGAAUCUUCGCCAAGGAGGAGGACCUGCUCAAGGCGUUCGGCAGCGCCGACGAGAAGGUGGUCGCCAAGCUCAUCCUGGAGACGGGCGAGGUGCAGGUGAGCGACAAGGAGCGGAAGAACACCUUCGACAACAUCUUCCGGGACGCGGUGAACGUCCUCGUGGACAAGUGCGUGAACCCCGAAACAAACCGUCCGUACCCGCCGGGCAUGAUCGAACGCGCGCUGCGCGAGGUUCACUUCCAGGUGGACCCCACGAAGAGCGCCAAGCAGCAGGCGCUCGCGGCGCUGCCCAGACUCCAAAAGGUGUUUCCAAUCAAACGCGCGGCGAUGCGGUUCCGAUUCACGGUGCCC